UUGUCUCAGUUGAAGUGCCACUUUCAUCUUUGCUAUCCUCAGCGCAGCAGCUCUGCUCCCACCAAACCUUUUCUGGAAACAGGAUGGUGUCUCCAGCUAUCGCUCUGGCCUUUGUCCCCCUCCUGCUGACACUGAUCAUCAGGUACCGUUACUACUUUGCACUGUUCUAUCGGGCGGUCCUGGUCAGGAUAUGGAAGGACUGUGUGACUGGCAUGAGCCGAGAGGAGCGUGCCUACCAGUAUGUUCUCACUCAUGCCACCCCUGGAGACCCUGACAGCAUCCUGGACGCCUUUGAUGUCUGGUGCAGCAAGAUGGAGUUCAUCAGCAACAUUGGGCCUAAAAAGGGGAAGAUCCUGGACCGCCUGCUGAUGGAGCAGAGCCCUUUGACAGUGCUGGAGCUGGGUGCUCACUGCGGGUACAGUACCGUGCGGAUCGCCCGGUCUUUGCCCCUGGGUGCCAGACUCUACAGCCUCGAGAUGGACCAGAGGAAUGCUGCCAUCGCUGAGAAAAUCAUCCGCCUGGCAGGGUUUGAUGAUGACACGGUGGAGCUCAUCGUGAAUCCAUCUGAUGAGGUGAUUCCUCGCCUGCGGUCUGACUAUGGUUUGGAAAGGCUGGAUUUUGUCUUCAUGGACCACUGGAAGAAAUCUUACUGCCCUGAUCUGCAGAUGCUGGAGGGCUCUGGUCUGCUGGGAAAAGGGUCCAUGAUCUUGGCCGACAAUGUGCUGUUUCCCGGGGCUCCAAAGUUCCUCAGACACAUUCGCAAGAGCGGCCUGUAUGAGUGGAAGGUCCACCGGGCCACGCUGGAGUACAGCAAGGGCAUCAGGGAUGGGAUGGCUGAGCUGGUGUACCAGGGAAUCAAGUAGACCAUGCAGACUGGGAUAUCACACACUAGAAUACAGAUACACAUUUUCGGAGAGGGAUGAAUUGAUGAUUUUAUAACCCCUGUUAAAACUAUUUUGAGGACAAAUGUAAUGGAAAAGAUGACUAUAAAUUCCUUCCCUAAAAAGCUAUUCAUCUGAAAACUGGAGCAUCUAAGCAUGUAGUUUUUCAAACUCAAGGAACUGCACAUCAAGACUACUAUCUAUCAGGAAAGUAAAUCCUCAUGUAGCCAUUUAGUAAUAAGUGCUGAACACUAGCAUCUAUAUAGAAACCAUGUCUACCUUUUUCUUCCUGCUGGGGAUCUUUGUCACCACCUGCUGUCAUCAUCCUCUGUCUACAAAACAACAAAAUAGCUUAUUUAAACAUACAUAACUGCCAAAUCUGAAAAAAAUAAAAAAAUAAAAAAAUAAGUGACCACAAGAGCACAUGUACAAGUUUAAUACUGAAAGAUGUUUGCCCUCAGGUGAGGAACGUGAUCAUUGCCUGUUUAAAUCUUACCUGAUAUUAAAUGUGGACUUCAGCACCAAUCAAAUGAUCAGUUUUACCAACACCAAAUUCAGAUUACUCUUGAACUUUGCUGGACUUUAAUUCCUUAAUU